AUGGGGCAUCUGGCCCAUUCAGCUGACGUGAGGGAUACCAAAAUUGAAAGAGAUGUUCCUUUUAUGAUUGAGGCUGCCAUUUUAGCUGCACUGAUCCCCCUUCAGAGAUCCGUUGACACUCUCACCAUGAGAGUUGGGGCUUUUGAGAGAAGGCUGGGGGAGACCUUUGAGGAUACAACGUUGAAAGCUGAGGUAGCAGACAUAAGGAAGGAUGUACACUAUCUGAAGUCUACCGACUUCACUUCAUUACUGAAGGCUACAAAUGAUUUGGACAUUCCUGACACUUCAGAGAUUCCUCCGGCUACCACCAGAGAUGUAAACAUGGAUGAGGCAGCAUUUGAUGAGUCAGAUGCUGAGACCGACGAGGAGCAGAUAGAGAUACGGAAGGGGAGCAUAUAUGGAGACUUGACAGAUCUUGAGUAG